UUGACUCCUUUCAGUUUUUUUUUCGCUUUUCAUCUCUCGAAUUUCAGGGUCGUACCAGAAAGUGCUCGCUGGUUAGUGACACAGAGAAGGUAUGAGGAAGCUGACAAAGUCUUACGUCAUGCUGCCAAAGUCAAUGGAGUUACGUUGCCUGAAAAAUGGUGGGAACAAUUGGACUCGGAAACGUCUGAAAUGAAAGGAAAAGAAGUGAAGAAGUAUAAAAUCUGGGACUUGUUGAAAACGCCGGUAUUGAGAAAAAGGACUCUUAUCGCAUUCUUUUUGUGGCCAUGUGUGUCUAUGGUCUAUUAUGGUAUGGCCUUGAAACCCAAUGUGUUGGGAGGUGAUAUGUACAUAAACUUUAUAUUUGCUGCAUCAGUGGAAAUUCCAGCACUUAUACUAGUCUUCUUAGGUCUUGACCGAAUUGGUCGUCGUUUUGUCACUAGCCUUGGAUAUUUUCUUGCUGGAGCUUGUUUACUUAUUAACUAUUUUAUGGGAGAUAAUGUGCCAUUAGCAGUGUCAAUUAUACAAAUGAUGAUCUCGAGAGGCGCCAUCACGGGCACCUACGCAGCUAUGUAUACGUAUACACCUGAGCUGUUCCCUACAGUAAUUAGAAACACAGCGAUGGGACUGUGUAGUAUGAUCGCACGUGUUGGGGCAAUUUCGGCGACAUACCUCAGCUUGUGGAUUGUAGGUUUACUUUUGUAUUAA